UGGGGCGGAUCCUUGCCCUUCACACUUACACGCGGGUCUGAAAGAUCCCUAUGGACGGGUGUCAACAUCCAGGAGUUGCCGAAGACUUUCCGGGAGGCCGUUGAGGUCUGGCGCGAUCUCGAUAUCCCAUACCUCUGGAUCAAAUCUUCGCGCAUUUUUCAAGACAACGAUGACCUAUCCGAUUGGCAUAGGGAAGCUGCAUCCAUGAGACAGGUUCAUGCUUCAGCUUUAUGCAACAUAGCAGCA